AUCAGAGGCCGUUCAAAUUGUGAGUGCUGCUCUUCCUGGCAAGGAUUUCAGCCCCUGAGAAGAAAACAAGGACAGAGGCAAAAGCAGCAUUUCCUCGUCAUUCUAUUUAUAAUGGACAUGGAUUGAAACCAGGGAUAGUUGAUGAACAAAAAGACAGCCAAGGAGCCAGGCAGACUGGAAGGGGACAGCUGCCGACGUACCAAGGAGGGCCAGUGGAUAAGCUGGGAACAUGGAGGAGAGGAGCAAGGAGAAGGUCAAUCAGGCCCAUGUUCUCUUUGACCGAUUUGUCCAGGCGUCAACCUGCAAAGGAACUUUGAAAGCCUUCCAGGACCUCUGUGAUUAUUUAGAACUGAAGCCCAAGGACUAUCGUACUUUUUACCAUAAGCUCAAGUCUAAGCUUAAUUACUGGAAAGCCAAAGCCCUGUGGGCCAAGUUGGAUAAGAGAGGCUGCCACAAAGACUACAAGAAGGGAAAAGUAUGCGCCAACACGAAGUGUCUCAUUAUUGGGGCUGGACCCUGCGGCCUUCGAACAGCCAUUGACCUCUCCUUUCUGGGAGCAAAGGUGGUGGUGAUAGAAAAGCGUGAUGCCUUCUCCCGCAACAAUGUUCUGCACCUGUGGCCAUUUACAAUCCAUGACUUGCGGGGCCUUGGCGCCAAAAAGUUCUAUGGAAAAUUCUGUGCAGGAGCCAUUGACCAUAUCAGUAUUCGUCAGCUCCAGUUGAUACUCUUGAAGGUCUCCUUAAUCCUGGGUGUUGAAAUCCAUGUCAAUGUAGAGUUCCAGGGACUUCUCUACCCUCCUGAGGAUCAAGAGAAUGAGAGAAUAGGUUGGCGUGCACAGGUACACCCGAAAACACAUCCUGUGUCAGAAUACGAGUUUGAUGUGAUAAUUGGAGGAGAUGGAAGACGCAAUACUUUGGAAGGUUUUCGACGAAAAGAAUUUCGUGGCAAGCUAGCCAUUGCCAUCACAGCAAAUUUCAUCAACCGCAAUACCACAGCGGAAGCCAAAGUUGAAGAGAUCAGUGGUGUAGCCUUCAUAUUCAAUCAGAAAUUCUUCCAGGAUUUGCGAGAAGCUACAGGCAUUGAUUUAGAGAACAUCGUCUACUACAAAGAUGACACCCACUAUUUUGUCAUGACUGCCAAAAAGCAGAGCUUACUGGAAAAAGGAGUAAUAUUACAUGACUAUGCAGACACUGAGCUGUUACUUUCACGGGAGAAUGUGGACCAGGAGGCUUUGCUCAGCUAUGCCAGGGAAGCAGCAGACUUCUCAACCAAUCAGCAGCUGCCAUCUCUGGACUUUGCCAUCAACCACUAUGGGCAACCUGAUGUAGCCAUGUUUGAUUUCACCUGCAUGUAUGCCUCAGAGAACGCAGCCAUGGUUCGAGAAGUAAAUGGCCACCAACUGCUCGUGGCUUUGGUUGGAGACAGUCUGUUGGAGCCAUUCUGGCCAAUGGGAACUGGAAUAGCCAGGGGCUUUCUUGCUGCCAUGGAUUCUGCUUGGAUGGUACGAAGCUGGUCGUUGGGAACAGGUCCUUUGGAAGUCCUUGCAGAGAGAGAGAGCAUCUAUAGGUUGCUGCCUCAGACCACCCCUGAGAAUGUGAGCAAGAACUUCAGCCAGUACAGCAUUGACCCUGUCACUCGGUAUCCAAACAUCAAUGUCAACUUCUUGCGGCCAAACCAGGUACGUCAUUUGUAUGAUACAGGAGACUUGAAAGACAUACACCUGGAAAUAGAGAACUUGAUGAACUCCAGGACACCGAAGUUGUCAAGGAAUGAGUCGGUGGCUCGCUCCAGUAAGCUCUUGGGCUGGUGUCAGAGGCAGACAGAUGGAUAUGCUGGUGUAAAUGUAACUGAUCUUACAAUGUCUUGGAAGAGUGGCCUAGCACUGUGUGCCAUUAUCCAUCGAUAUCGCCCUGAUCUCAUAGACUUUGAUUCUCUAGACGAACACAACGUGGAGAAGAAUAAUCAGCUGGCAUUUGAUAUUGCUGAAAAGGAGUUUGGAAUCUCUCCGAUCAUGACUGGCAAAGAGAUGGCAUCAGUUGGGGAGCCAGACAAGUUGUCCAUGGUCAUGUAUCUCACCCAAUUCUAUGAAAUGUUCAAGGACUCCCUCUCUUCCAGUGACAAUCUGGAGCUGAAUGCAGAAGAAAAAGCUGCUUUAAUAGCUAGCACCAAGUCCCCGAUCUCAUUUUUCAGCAAAUUGGGCCAGAGCAUCUCUCGAAAACGGACACCGAAGGAUAAAAAGGAGAAAGAUCUAGAUGGUGCAGGAAAGAGGAGAAAAACAAGCCAGUCGGAAGAUGAGGACACUUCCCGAAGCUACCGAGAGGAGAGGCCCACCCUGGUCAGCGCCCUGACAGAGAGAAGAAUUGAUGCUGCCGUUGGUAAUCAGAAUAAAGUGAAAUCCAUGGCAACGCAACUGCUGGCCAAAUUUGAGGAGAAUGCCCCUGUACAGUCCUCUGGAAUACGAAGACAGCCUUAUCAAGAACGGGCUCUCAGCCAGCCAGCCUACCGACAGAGAGAACAGGCCCGCCUUGCCCCCUUACCUCAGUGGAAACAGAUGAGGAAAAAGGAGCGUUCUCGGACCUGCCCUAAAAAAGUGAUCAUGCUCACUUCCUCCUCCAUUUGCACUUCCUCUCCAUGGUAUCCCAGUUAUCAGAGAAACAGGGAACGUCAUGCAGACCAAACUGGAGAACAGAGUCCCAGCCAGCAAAGGAGACCUCAUCAGUUCUCUUCAGAUGACCAUGUGCCAGAGCGCACGCUUACCAUUGAACAGAGGGCAAGCCAGCUGGCUGCCCUCCUGGAGCAAAGGCCAACAACCAGGCAUCAGCCAGAGACUCGUCGAUCUGUGGUUAAACAUUGGGAGCUCUCCUGUAGCAACCGCUCUUCCAGCCGCCCUUCUUCUCCUUCAUCUGAUUCCCUCAGACAGAAAUAUAUAAAGAUGUAUACAGGAGGCGUGAGCUCAUUGGCUGAGCAGAUAGCCAAUCAGCUUCAAAGGAAGGACCAGCCUAAAACCCUUCUAGACAAGAAGGAACUGGGUUCAUUAAAAAAAGAAUUCCCUCCAAACCUGGGAGGCAGUGAUGUCUGUUUCUUCUGCCAUAAACGUGUCUAUGUGAUGGAAAGGCUGAGUGCUGAAGGCAAAUUUUUCCACCGUAGCUGUUUCAAAUGUGAAUAUUGUGCCACCACCCUGCGUCUAUCAUCUUACGCCUAUGAUCUGGUGGAUGGAAAAUUCUAUUGCAAGCCUCACUACUGUUACAGACUUUCAGGUUAUGCCCAGAGGAAGAGACCAGCAGUGGGUCCUCCAUCAGGAAAGGACAACAAAGGGACCCAACAAGACAGUAUGGCGGCUGAUGGUGCAGGACGUGCAAACUCCAUCUCGUCGUCAUCAGAGAGAACCCCAGCACCCAAUGUAAACGGCCUAGAGGAACCCAGCCUUGCCAAGAGACUGCGAGGCACACCGGAACGAAUUGAAUUGGAGAAUUACCGUCUCUCAGUACAACGUGAAGAGGACUUAGAAGAGGUCCCAGAAGAGACAUUGGCAGAGCACAACCUAAGUAGCGUGCUAGACAAAGGAACAGAGGAGGAUGUCCCCAGCAGUAGUUCCGAAUCUGAGAUGGAGGAGGAAGAGGAGGAGGAAGAAGAGGAAGAUCAACCACAGCAACCUACUUCUGACCUGGGAGGUGUGCCUUGGAAGGAAGCUGUGCGCAUCCAUGCCAUGUUAAAGGGCAAAAGUGAGGAGGAGCUGGAGCCUGAGAAAAAUCAUGUCAAAGAAGAGGAAGAGGUGGAGGUGGAGGAAGACGUGGAAGAGGAGGAGGAGGAGGAAGAGGAAGAGGAGGAAGAGGAAGAAGUCUCCAGCGAAGAGGGAGAGUAUUAUCCUUGGGAGAGCGAACUUCAGCAAGGCCUCUGGCUUCAACGUCUUUCCAAUGAAGAGGACACGGGUACAUUUAAAGCUGGAAACCUGAGGCUGCAACAGAUAGUAAAUCCGAUUGAUCCUUUGGAGAUCUUGGCAGAUGUGCAUUGGACACACAUCCGUCAGAAAGAGGAGGAGGAAAAAGUGGGCCCUACGUCUAUAUCCUCCACCUCCCGAGCAUCUGACCUUCCUUCCCUACGCCAUGAUGCAGUGCAGGCGUGGCUGGAUGCAGCUCCAGGAGCGUUGUGUGAGGACAAUGACUAUGAGGACGAAGUGGGCAGUGAGCCUGCAGAAGCCUUUGAAGAUGGAGACACAGGUGCAGAGUUGGAUGAUGAUGACAUCCCAUCUGAUGCAGAAGCAGAGUGCCGCCUCCAUCAAGAGAAGCCUGGAGAUCCAGAUCAGGAAGUCUCUGAAGACAAAGAGUUGGAGGCAGAGAUUGCUACCCCUUGCACUGUAACUGAAGAUCCCUGCAAGCCAUGUGAGUCAGUAGAGUCACCAUCCGAGAGAGCUGUUUCUGUUUCUCCAACUGAUAACCACAAGGAAGAAGAAAAAGAGGACUCAAAGGAACAUCUUGUGAUCGUGUCCUGUGAAGAGAGGUCCUCAGAUACACACUUUUUCCCUGAGCCAUUCCUCCCAGAAAGCAAGAAUGAAAAACAAGACAAGAGCUUGGAUGAUGAAAAAGUCAAAAGCCCACCUGUCCCACUUUCUCCUAUUCGGUCCCAGCCAAUUGCUCUGCCUGAGACCAUUGCACCAACAUCCCCUGUGAAAUCACAACCCGCAUCACCCGCUUUACCUACAUCCCCACCUGCUACUCCUCUGCCUAUUUGUUCACAGCCUUUACCCUCUGCUGAAGCAUCUGUUCCAUCUCCAAGGGAAUCACCAGUUUGUUUUCAACCAAUCCCAGCCUUAACCUCCACUCCUUUGGCCAAACUUGUUCUAAAAAGUCAAGAUGGAGAGGUGGAAAAACUGGCAAGCCCUACUUCAGCAGAAGAAGCUUUGAAAAGGAAUAACCUUGUGGAGGAGUUCUGGAUGAAGAGUGCUGAAAUCCGAAGAAGUUUGGGUCUUACCCCUGUGAACAGAAGCAGGGGGUCAGAAACCAGCUUUACAAUCUCACCCCUUGAAUCUGCCCCCCUUAAAUCAUACACUCCUGACGGAGUUCCAGAAGAUAAAUGUAUCCACCUUGUUAAACCACAGCCGGCCCCAAGGAAACCAAUUACCCCAAAGCUUGACGAGCAGUUUUCUCUGCUGACGCCAAAGUCUCCAUCAGAGAGAGAACUGAAAAGUGAUGUUAAAAGAGAUUUGUCCAGUAGUUCUGGACUAGGUCUUCAAGGCAGUUCAUCCAACAUGAGGACAUUGGCCAGCCAGAGUUUCAAUACUUCUGAUUCCACCAUGCUCACUCCCCCCUCCAGCCCUCCCCCACCACCUCCUCAGAAUGAAGAGCCAGCCACGCUGCGAAGGAAAAGGCACCAGGCAACGUGGCAGAAUGAAGCCCAGUCUAGGCCAGCGUCCUUGCAAACACCUCACUCUCCACUAGUCAUUGAACGAAUUCGACCGGCCAGAGAACCCUCCCAGCCUCCCAGAGAGGAGGUGAGGAAGUCCUUUGUGGAGAGUGUGGAUGAGAUACCGUUUGCUGAUGAUGUGGAGGACACCUAUGAUGAGAGGACUGAGGAUACAAGCUUUCAUGAAAAGUACUAUACACCCCCCAGCAGGCCAAGGCCAGAGAAACCGCUCCACUUACAUUUGGUUAAAGAGAAUGGUGGGCCACCCUCAAUGGAAGGGGGAAGUCAGCAAAAGAGAGGCUUCCCUCAAGUCUCUGCAGAAGCUAAGGAACUAGCUGAGGAGAGAAUGAGGGCCAGAGAAAAGUCUGUCAAAAGCCAAGCCUUGCGUGAUGCAAUGGCUAGGCAACUCAGUAAAAUGAAAGAUCUGGAGAUGGCCCAUGCGACUGGCACUGCCAAACUGCGCAAAGCGUCCACCUUACCCUCAAAGACCAAAGACACGUUUUUUGAGUCCCCUAAGCAUUUGGCUAUGAAAUCUGGGGAAGGCCACACAUUGAAACAGGAGGGUAGUAGUGAAAGGUUCUUCUCACCUUUUGCAGACAUCAGUGGGCACGAUGGUUCAGUCACAUCCUCAGAAGGUUCCGGUGGAAAGAGUAAGAAAAGGACUUCUCUCUUUUCUCCCCGUAAAAACAAAAAGGAAAAGAAGUCCAAGAACGACAGCAAGCUCUCUGACAAAUCCAGCAGUGUGGCUGAGGAAGCCACCAAGCCCAAAUCGUUGUGGAAAUCUGUGUUCUCUGGUUAUAAGAAAGACAAGAAGAAAAAGGCAGAUGAGAAAUCCUGCCCUAGUACACCUUCCAGUGGGGCCACAGUGGACUCUGGGAAAAUUAAGGCAUCUCCAUUGAUUAGAGCAGCAGAUUUACAAAUGCGCCGACACCUAAGCUUCUCUGAAGACUCUGACCUUUCCAAUGAUGAUGUGCUAGAACGCUCAUCACAGAGAUCCAAGCGUGAGUCGAUUUACGUCCCACACGCCUUGGCAUUCAAGAGAUCAUACGCAUCAAAGAAAGCGUACACGGAGGAUGAGCUCAAUGCCAAACUGACCAGACGGGUGCAGAAAGCUGCUCGCCGCCAAGCCAAGCAAGAGGAGCUCAAAAGGUUACACAGGGCCCAGAUUAUCCAACGGCAGCUGGAACAAGUAGAAGAAAAGCAGAGGCAACUGGAGGAAAGAGGGGUUGCUGUUGAGAAGGCACUUAGGGGUGAAGCAGUUGAGCCCAAUGCGGGGACACCACGCCGUAGACCUCUCUCCUUCUGCCCUUGCUGUGCCCACGAAGGCAUGGGGAAGAAGGAUGACCCCAAACUGAUGCAAGAGUGGUUCAAGUUGGUGCAGGAGAAAAAUGCCUUGGUGCGCUAUGAGUCGGAGCUGAUGAUAUUUGCUCGGGAGUUGGAGCUUGAGGACAGACAAAGCCGGCUGCAGCAAGAGCUUCGGGAGAGGAUGGCAGUAGAAGAUCACCUGAAGACAGAUGAUGAGCUCUCAGAGGAAAAGAGAAUCUUGAAUGAAAUGCUAGAAGUGGUAGAGCAGAGAGAUUCUCUUGUGGCCCUUCUGGAAGAGCAGCGGCUCCGUGAGAAGGAAGAAGACAAGGAUCUGGAGGCUGUGAUGCUAUCCAAGGGAUUUAACUUGAACUGGUCCUGAGCUCUGCACCGUACUUAGCUGCUGAUCUGAAUCCUCCAGCUGGCAUUUGCCACAUUGGCCAGAGCUGUCUGGAUGGAAGUGAUGUCUUGAUGCAGGAACCUCUUGAGGGUUUCUGCAGCACCUGACCGCUUGAACCAGCUGCUUCUUGCUGAGAGGGGUUGGUCCUAAAGGUGCUGAGGACUGUGUGAGGUCUGCAAGCCCAACUCUGAGUUGAGGGCUGGAGGUUGCGUGCCUUCCUCAAGGACCUGCGUGAGAGGCCAUUGAGUUUUUGUGACCUCUGGGAGAGGCUAAAAAAAAAGAGAUUUUUUUAACGUUAACCAAUCUAGGUGGUCUGUAGCUUAUCUGUUUCAUAUUUACCCAGGUAGCCGUGUUCUUAUUUUUGUUUGUUUGUUUAAACUCACGAGAGAGAAGUAGCUGCUCUCUGUUGAGACAUCACCUUGCAGCAACCUUUGAAAGAGCAAACUAUUUACUGCUCCAGAGCACCUUGUGUUACAUGUUCAAAGUUCUCCUCACCAAAGAAGCCUGAAGCUGCCAUUAUUGUCUGGGCAUGGAGGAGAUAGGACUGGAAACUUGGAAGGUUAAUUGACUUGAAAUACUUACCCCUUGUAGUUUCUCCAGGCUCAGGUGGGCUUACUUUCAUCACUGCAGCCUCCAUGAGUUGCCAUCAUUCUGAAGCGGGGUCCGUGUUCGGCCAUCCACUCUCUUUCAUGCCAUGCUCUGGACUGAAGAGGACUGUUCCCCUUUCUCCAUUGUCAUGAGACUGCUCUGUUGUGAACUUUGUGCUCAUUUUGACACUGGAACAUACCGAUUAUGAACAUAGUUUAAUUGAGAAGCAUUUCAAGGGAGCUCUUGGAUGAAAGCCCCUGGCUUCAACUUUGCCCCCCCCCCCCUCCAAUCCUUGAAGAUUGAUCUUGUUGUGUUUUAGGGGGUGGGAGGGUUUUUUUUUUCUUUUUUGCACGUUGGAAAUGAAGCAGAACUCUUACCCCUCUCCCUUUAGUCACUUUAGACCCUUUAAUGUCCAUUAACUUAUUUUUAAUACUUGAAAGAAAAUUUGGUUUUGUACCUUUUUAAGAAAUGAGCAGAUGAGCGAGUGGUGUAUCUGUGUGCCUGCUGCAGCCCCCAACCUCUGUGUUUGCUUUAAAUUUGCUGAUCUCCCUUUCUUUCUAUCUAUUUAUUAGAGUUCUUAUUAAUGGCAUUACUGUUACAACACUACAUUUGAUCUUAGUCUGACCUCUCUGCCAUGACCGUCCUAUCUUGGGUGUCCCUUCAUGGUUUCGCUCGUGGUAUCAUUGAGGUGCUUAUGCUCCAGCACCGUGACAAGGCAGCAAUCCUUUGCUUGGAGAUUAGAUGCUUGUAAGUUCAAGGCAAUUGGUUCUGCUUUGGCCUUGAACCUUCACUACACUGAAGGGUGGCUUCUCAGUCAACUUCUGUGGCCUCACUGAGUCGAGGCUCAGAAUGUGAAAGCAAUGAAGACAGAUUUAUUUCCUGCACAUCCCAAAUUUUAUUGUAUGUUUUCUGCAUUUGGAUAAACCUGUGCUUGCUCUAUCUAAUGCUGACAAGCUUCUGUGACUAGAACAGUGACAUUGCCAUGCAAAAGUGAAGCAUGUUAAUAUCAUGCGGUCUGCCUCCAAGGAAAUAAUUAGCACAAAUCCCACUGGUUCUUGUUCCUGAUCUCCAUAUUGUCUUGGGAAGGGAAGUGGUCUUUUCCCAGUGUAACAGCGCAAAAAGGACAUAACAAAGAAUGGGUUCUUGCCUAUCACCAGCUGAGAUGUUCUAUAAGCACACGAUGUCCUUUACCAUCAUCUUCUCAAAAAUACCCAUGUGCAGCUGUUAAAAUGUCCCAUUCUUAAUUUUUUAAAAUUCUUUGUGGGAUUAGUUUUUUUAAGAUGCUAUUUAUUUUUACUCCAUUAGUUAAAAGGAUUAACAAGCAGUUUUGAAAAGAAAAAGGAUGAUUUCUGAACUGAUUCCUUUGUAGCAGUGGUUCUCAAUCUGUGGGUCUCCAGAUGUUUUUGGCCUAAAAUUCCCAGAAAUCCCAGUCAGUUUACCAACUUUUAGGUGUUCUGGGAGUUGAAGACCAAAACAUCUGAGAACUCACAGGUUGAGAACCAUUGCUUUAUAGCAUCAAAGGUUCAAUGCAGAACAGGGCUACUGUGUUAGUAAUCAUAUAGAAGGAGAAUUUCAGCAGAUUCAGCUUUCCUCACCAUUACAGUAAGAGCCCCCAGUAGAGCAAUGGGUUAAACCCUUGUGCCAGCAGGACUGCUGACCAAAAGGUUGGUGGUUUGAAUUCAGGUAGCAGAGUGAGCACCUGUCUGCCAGCUCCAGCUUCUCAUAUGGGGACAUGAGAGAAGCCUCCCACAGGAUGGUAAAACAUCCAGGUGUCCCCUGGGCAACGUCCUUGCAAAUGGCCUAUUCUCUCACACCAGAAGCGACUUGCAGUUUUUCAAGUUGCUCCUGACAUACACACACACACACACACAAAGCAAUUGCAGCAAUGCAAUAAGAAAAGAUACUUCUGCUGACACCCUUCUUCCUACCCAGUUCUUAAAGAUGUGGGGCCUCUGACUUCAGGUAUUGCUAGAUAAAGUCAUUGGAGCAUUGGUCUUUCUUCUUGUUGUCAGUUGUAGGUUCCUCUUUUCAUGUUUUGAAGGCCUUAAUUAAAAUGAAUUUGGCUGCUAUCAUGCAACGUUCAUCAAUAGAGCCCUUUCCUUCCAUGGAAACCCUCAAGAUCAGACUGUUAUGUAUUAUAAGGGUAAGGUGCCUGUGUGUUUUCGGGAGUGCCGUCAUACAGCUAUCUGUGGGUGGUGGGAUAGAAAUUAAAUUCCAGAAAACUAGACAUAUCUAGCGUCAAUGCUUAUGUUCUUUCCACUUUCAGCUAGCCAGGAAGUGUUUCUAUCUUAGUUCUGGUCAAAAUAUUACGACUAGGAGGGAAAAGAGGACCUUAAAUGUUUAUGUAGAACACGGUAUUCAACAAGCUUAAGUAGCCACAAAGGCUAAAUCUGCCAAAAUUAAAAGUCGUGAGAGCUCUGUCUUCUUUUGCAUUUUGCCAUGCACAAGGCUUCUCAUCUAUGCUAUCUUGCUGAAUAGUGAGAUGUAAAGAAGAUUCUGGUAAAUAAUGAGAGACUGCCAACAUUACAUCGGAGGAUGAAGGAUUUAUGAGCUUGUGAAUUCACCUGUUCGUAAUAUACAGGAAAGAAGAAGGAAUAUGUUGUUGGAACCUCAGUUAUCAUUUAAAUCCAGCAGAGAAGAGCUAUAGUAGGCCUGGGCCAACUUGGGCCCUCCCUCCAG